AUGCAUCCAUCAAUGAAUGGACAAAGAUAUCCAUUGUCAUCAUUGACAGGUUCAAUGGUAAAUCAACAACAGCAACAACAACAACAACAACAACAAGUGAUGGGAGGUAGUAUGUAUGGUAGACAAUCAAUAGCAGGUGGAGUACCAACAUUUCCUCCUCCACAAAAGCAAUAUCAACAACAACAACAACAGUCUCUUCCAAGACAAUCAAUUGCUACAACAACUAGUAGUUCUACAUACAAUACAUCUGCAUUGACUAUGAGUGCUAUUGGUGCUCCAUCAAUCAACAAUAAUAAUCCUUCAGUUUCAUCACUACAUAAUAGUCAAUACAAUAAUCCAGUCAUGCCAAUGAGUAGUUCAACAACAUCUCGACCAUCAAUCAUUCCAUCAUCAACAGGUGUAUAUUCUUCUACUACAACCAAUAUGAUCCAACCACAACUUGUUAAUAAUAAUUUGCAACCACCAAGAGCAAGUUUAUCAUCAUUUUCAUCAUUGGGAGUAGUAGUUGGACAACCAGCUAAAAUAUCAGUUGGAUCAUUACCAUCAUCGAUGGGUCAACCAUUGGCACCUGGUAAAAAGUCGACGACUUCAAUUGGAGGUACUGGAGCAUCCAGACCAACAGCUGGUGGCACAAGACAAGAUGCAAGAAAUGUAACAGACAAGGCAUUCCAAAAACAAUGUAUCAUCAAAUUGGUCAGCUUUUUAACGUCACACAACUAUCCAUCUGCCAUCACCACCAAAGAAUUAAUGGCACCAUCGGCCAAGGAUUUCUACGAUAUCACUGAAUUCCUCUUUCAUCAUAUCGAUAGUACCUUUAAAUUCACACCAACCAAAAAGGAAGAUGAAUUGAUUGCAUUUUUUAAAAUCAUCAAAUAUCCAGUCACCAUCAACAAACGUAAUCUAAACCCUGUUGGUACUCAACAUAAUUGGCCUUAUAUUUUAGCUGCUCUUGCUUGGAUUGCUGAUUUAAUAGAGUAUGAUAUAGAAGUAGCCAAUGUUGAUCAUGAAAUUCAAGGAGAGGAAGCAUUUAAUAAUAUUUAUUCAAAUGAAUUGAUUAAAUCAUAUACAGCAUUUCUUUGUGGAGAUGAUGUUGGUAGUAAUGCAGCAGACAACUUUUUAGAAGAUCAUUUUGGUGCCAAUGAUAAUUAUCUAAGAGAAGAAUCUCAUGCAAUGUUGGAAUUACAAUCAAAAAUGAGAUUGGAAAUUGAAUCUAUUAAUAAUUCUCCUAAUAAUAUUGAAAUAUUAAAAGAAAGAAAACAAUUAUUAGAAAAUGAUAAAUCAAAUUUUGAAGAAUAUAUAAAUGAAUUACAAGUUUACAAGAGUACAAAUGAAAAGAUAUUUGGUGAACAUCAGAUAGAGCUGUUGGCAAGAGAAAAGGAAUUUAAAGAUUUACAACAACAAAAGUCGAAUCUUGAAGCCAUUGUAAGUGAUCAACAAAGUAGAUCACUAGACGCUAAAAUGAUUCAUCAAAAACAUCGUCAACUUCAAGAUGAUAUUAGUAAAACUAAAUCGGAAAAGAAACGUCUAGAUCAAUUGUGUAAUGAAAAGAAUUUGGAAAUUGCCAAACUUGUCAAGGAAAUUGAAGAACUACUUCAAUCCUACAAUGUAACUGCAACAAAACUUGGUCUCUUGUCAUCAAAUCAAAAACAAUCUUAUCAAAUUGAUUUUAAUUUUGAUCGUUCAAUUCAACAACCAAUUAUAAAUGAUUUAAAAUUAAUUAAAGUAAGAAGAAAAAGAAGAAGAAAAAAAAGAAGAAAAAAAAGAAUAUUUAUAUUUAUUUACUUUUUUUGUUUAGAAAAAAUUAAACAAUAUAUUGAAGAACAAAUUGAAAAGAAAAUGUCAAUGGAAGAAGAAAAUACAAUCAAAGAAAAUGAAUCAAAACAAUUGGAUGAUUUAUUAUCAGAUAAUAAGCAACAAUUAAAACGUUCUGAACAAAAGUUAUCAAAUUUGGAAAAUGUUUCUCAAAGAGAAAAAGAUAAAAAUGAUAAAGAAUUAAAACAAUAUGAAAAAAAGUUUGAAUUAAAAAAUAGAGAAAAUGAAAUGUUAAAAGAACAAACUAAAAAAUCAUCAGAAGAAAUGCAAGCAGUAUUGGAAAAGACACAACAAGAAUAUGAAAAACAAAAAGAGGAUAUGGAAAGAAUAACAAAUGAUUUGAAAUUCCAAAUACUCAAGUUUUUAGAGAUUGCUACCAAUCAUCAAAGUUCUGUUAGUUCAAAUGUUAAAAAUGUUUUGGAUCAUAUGAAACGUUCUUUUGAACAAUUAAAAGAACCAAGAUAA